ACCGAUCUUCUACUUCCGGGCCAAAGCCAUGGCGGUGGCAAAUUCAAGUCCAGUCAACCCGGUGGUCUUUUUUGAUGUCAGCAUUGGCGGCCAGGAAGUUGGUCGCAUGAAGAUCGAGCUGUUUGCAGACGUGGUGCCUAAGACGGCAGAGAACUUUAGGCAGUUCUGCACGGGAGAGUUCAGAAAAGAUGGUGUUCCCAUAGGGUACAAAGGAAGCACCUUUCACAGGGUCAUAAAGGAUUUCAUGAUUCAGGGUGGAGAUUUUGUUAAUGGUGAUGGUACUGGAGUCGCCAGUAUUUACCGAGGUCCAUUUGCAGAUGAAAAUUUUAAACUGAGACACUCAGCUCCAGGCCUGCUUUCCAUGGCCAACAGCGGUCCCAGUACAAACGGCUGCCAGUUCUUUAUCACGUGUUCUAAGUGUGACUGGCUGGAUGGGAAGCAUGUAGUGUUUGGAAAAAUCAUUGAUGGACUUCUAGUGAUGAGGAAGAUCGAGAAUGUUCCCACAGGCCCCAACAAUAAGCCCAAACUGCCGGUGGUAAUCUCACAGUGUGGGGAAAUGUAAUCUAGACCAAGACUGAGCCAGGUCUGCUGCUGUUGUGGGUGACAUUCUCCCUUGAGUCCGACAAGCUGGACUGCCUCUGUGUUUGCUUCCCUGCCUCCACACGUGUCAUCCAGGACCUGGAAGUGUCACAGAUCACAACUAAGAUCCUGUUUAAAUUUUAAAAUGUAAAUA